GCGGGCGGGCGCAGCCCCUCGCCAUGAGCAGCCUGGCCGCCCUCCGGGAGGGCUACGAGCGCUUCGACCCCCGCGCCUACCUCCAGAACAACUACCUGCCCCCCCGGGCUGACUUCUCCUCCGAGGAGUUCGUGGUGCCCUGGAAGCUGCGAUGCCUGGCCGAGACCUUCGCCAGCGGUGAGAUCCGUGGGCGCACGUUGAUCGACGUGGGCUCGGGCCCCACCAUCUACCAGCUGCUGAGCGCCUGCGACCACUUCGAGGAGAUCGUGGCCACCGACUACCUGGCGGUGAACCGGGAGGAGCUGGGGCGCUGGGCACGGGGGGAGCCGGGGACCUUCGACUGGAGCCCCUUCAUCCAGCACGUCUGCAAGAUCGAGGGACGCGGGGAGCCGUGGCAGGAGAAGGAGCGCCGGCUGCGGGGUCGCCUGCGGCGCAUCCUCCCCAUCGACGUGCACCGGCCGGACCCCUUGGGAGCCCCCCUGAGCCCCCCGGCCGACGCGCUGCUCUCCGCCUUCUGCCUGGAGGCCGUCAGCCCCGAUUUCGACGCCUUCGCCCGGGCUCUGACCCACGUGGGGUCCCUGCUGAGGCCGGGGGGGCACGCGUUGCUGCUGGGGGCUUUGGGGGAGUCCUUCUACCUGGCGGGGGCCGCCCGCCUGCCCGUGGUGCCGCUGGGGGAGGACGACGUCCGCUCGGCUCUGGCCGGGGCCGGUUUUAUCCUCCGGGAUUUCCGCUCCUAUUCCAUGCCCCCCGCCCUCCGCACCGGCGUCGACGACGUCGACGGCGUCUUCUUCGCCCACGCACAGAAGCCCCUGGAAGCCUGA